CGUCGUUCAGUUCGGAUUUCGCGCAAACGUCAACAUGACAGGAUCCCCACAAUUAUUUCAUUUAUAUUUAACGCGAAAUUGCCGCGAAUCCGCCGGUCAAUUAAAGGACAUAAUGUAAAAAAUCACAACAAAACAAAUAUUUUUUCAAAAAAACAACUUUCAUUUUCCACUUUUUUUUCGGGAAAAAGGAGAGAAAACAAUAGGAAAUAAAAUAAUAUACACACACUCUCGGGAAAUUUGUGGAAAAUGAGUAUUUCCCAAGACAGCGCUGCCACUAUUGUGUGCAGGGAGGUCUUCGAUGAGACUUCGCAUCCAUCAAACGAAGAAGUAAUAGAGUACGCAAAGCGUCUGGGAAUCGACCCGGAUGCGGAACCACACCUCUUGGACUUAGCUCGUGAAGGUCUGAUGGCGGCGCUACCAAAGGGCUGGUCACCCUGUUUUCAUGAAGCCUCCGGUGCCUGGUAUUACUAUCAAGCGUCGACGGGGAACACCACCUGGGAACAUCCCCUGGACGCGGUUUACAAGGAACUCGUUGCUCAAGCGAGGGCCGGUAACCGACAAAUGAGCGUCGACGAAGACUCUAAGACGACCGCCAAGGAUCUCGAAUCACAGGAAGACGCAACAUUACCAAAGGAUAGCACCACGAGUAAAACAGUAAUAAUGUCACAGACAAAAAUUCCCAUGAAGUUGGCGCCAUUAAAAAGAAUAAAGAGCAGCGAUAAAUUAACAUCAAGAAGACGUGAGUCUUCAUUGGAAAAAAUAACGACAAAAAAUUAUGAGAAAGAUAUUCAUAGUGAAUCAUCGAUAAUUGUCUCGGAUCGUGCGUCGAGAGAUUAUAGAAAUUUAAAAUUUCAAGAUCCAAUGUUUUAUGAGACUCCAAAAUUAUUGGAUGCUGGAGCAACAACAACAACAACAAUGAACAGUAGUAGUAGUAAUAAUAAUAAUAAUAAAAGUAAUUUGGAUUUAAAGGAAGUAUUAAAACGUUCGGAAUCGUUAAGUCCACGUUAUGAAAAGGAGUGGGAACAUCUUAAUAGUAAAUUUAAUUCCGAUGAGAAUAUCAUUGAUAUUGAUCGUUUGAGUGCCAGUUCUUUAGCUAAAGUUGAGAAAUCAAGUGAAUCGUGCGAUAAAGAGAAACAUCCGAGACAAAAGGAAUUGACAUUGACUGGUGGUGGAUCCAUAUUUCUGAAAAGUAACCGAAGUCGUGACACAACUCCAAGUCAAGACGGUGGGAAGUUUGAAGAUUUUCAACUGUCGGCUGAUCUUGGAAUGAGUAGCUCUUCGGGUGAUCGACUUAAAUCGAUUCUAAGGGAAAAGGCUUACGAGGAUGAUGAUCGACCGAUGGAAGAGGAACGGAAGAGUGUUCGCUUCGAUUUGGAGAAGGAGCCGGACAUUAAAUUCACCUACUCGGACUCGGACGAAGAUUGGGAAUCAGAAUCUGAUGAGCAAAAUGUCAAGAUAUCGUCAGCAAUUGCAAAUAUCAAAAAAGGCGCCUCAAUAUUUUCCCUUCAAAGUCAAAAUUUAGAACCCCUCGAUGAAUCAUCAACAACAACAACAAAUCAAAAUUCCCGGGAUUUAUUCUUUAAUCCAACACCAGCGAAAUUAAAUCCCUUGGAUAAAUUUUUGAAAAAAUCCACAAUUGUCGGUAAACGUUUUGUCGUUGAGAAUGUCUCGGAGAAUGAGCAUCUCAAUCAAAUAUCACGCGAACGAUUAAAUACAGAAAUUGACGAUGACUAUUCACCGCGGCGUUUCAGCAAUGUCCGAAAUAUUGAUCUCAUCUCAAAAAGUGAAACCGACUCGAGUGCCGCGUCGAAAUCGAGUCUCCUCGAUGAAAUACGCAAAAGUAAAGAACUCAUGCUUGAAAGUAUGAGAUUGUCAGAUCAAACAUUAAAGAACGAAAGAGAAAAAAAUGAAGACUAUUUUUUAAAACAAAAACAAGAAGCACCAACAACUUCUCAUCAUCACAAUGAUGAAACAAGAACAAAAAUUUUAUCACAAGAACAUGAGGAGACAAUUCAUCAAUUAAAAAUUGAAUAUCAGGAGAAAUUGGAAAUUUUCAAAAAAGACUUGGAGGUGAAUUUUCAUAGGGAAAAAUUUUUACUGGAAAAAAAUCAGGAGGAGAAAUUAUCGAAAUUACGUAGUGAAUUGGAAAUGAAGGAGGAGCAGGAAAUUGAGAAAUUAGUUUCGAAAAUGGAUGAGGCGAGAAAUGAAAAUCUUAAGAAAGUGAAAAAUGAAUUGGAAGUUUGCUAUGAGAAGGAGAGACAGGAGAUAUUGACAAAUUUAAAAAUUGAACUCGAUCAACGUAAACACGAACUUCUUGAAUUGAGAAAUAAAGAAAUGGAGAAACUUGAGAAUGAUCAUGAAAAAUAUUUGGAUGAUGAGAAAAAUGCAAAAAUAAAGGAACAAAAAAUUACUAAACAACAUACGGAGAAAUUGGAUAAUUUGAGGAAGGAUUUCGACAAAGAAUUUGAUGAUAGAAAGACUGAACUUCGUUUACAGCAGAGGGAAAAAGUUACCAAGAUCAAUGAGGAACAUGAGAAGUGCCUUGCUGAGAUGUUGAGAGAUUUUAGGACAGAUGAAGAACUCGCGCGGAAAUUGUAUAAGCAGAGGUUGGAGGAAAUUCGUGCGGAUUUUUCGAGAGACAUAGAAAAUGAAGUGAAGAGACAAAGUGAUCGAAAAUCUUCGCCGCAGGAAAUAGUUGAUUAUGAAAAAUUGCGCUGUGAGAAGAGGCUAAUUGAAGAUAAAUAUAAUACUCUUAAAGAAAAGUAUCUUAAAUUGAAAAAAGAAGUUCGUCUUGCCGUUGAAAGGAGAACUAAACGCAAGGAAGGAAAUGCGACAGCUUCCGAGACUGAUAAGUCAACUUCAGCGAGGGCAAGAACUGACAAACCCGAGUCCUCUGAUCAAAAAUCACCUUUAAAGAAGACACGCUCGAACUCCUUAACUCUCACGAAAUCUCAAGAGAAUCAAAGUCAAGGUCACAGUGCAACCGAAGACUCGGAUGAUCAGAAAUUGAUGACAGGAUUUCCAGGAUCAAUUGGAACAACUCUGGGUGGAAAGCAAUUAUUGAAAUUUGAAUCGGACGACACAACAACGGCAAGUGAGACAAAUUCAAAUUUCCUCUCGAAGAAGAAGAAGAAUUUUACCAAACGAACAACAAGUACAAGUCGAUUAAAUAAUAAUGUGAACAGUGAAAAUCCCGUGGAGAAUAUUCGUAAACAAUUGGAGAAAUUGGAGGAUCUUGGAGAUCAAUUGCCCAGCAAUGAAACGGCGUAUACCUUGCGUUAUCCUUUCCAGGAUAAAUGUGAGUCUUCCAGAGGCGAUACUGCAAAAUUAACUCCAGUAUCCGCGUCAUCGGAGUUGGAAUUCUUUAGACAUCGAAUUCACGUGGAACGGGAUUCGGUGAGAAGAGCUCGAGAGGCACUGAGGCAACAAAGGAGUGCUUUUCAAGGCAGACAGAAAGCUUGGAAGCAACGAAGCGCGAGGGCCACUUUGGAGCAGCUGGUAAAGGAAGAAAGAGAGCUUUCCGAUAUGGAAGUGAGCUUACAUCGAACUCGCAGUCUUCUUGGGGAAAAAGUUAUUCACCUUAGGCACUUGGAGCAGUCUUUGGAUCGAGUGGCCAAUGCAAAGAAGAACGAAAAUGAUGCCACAGUUGUGAAAAGCGAUGAGCAAACGUUGAGCGAUAUGUCGAGUGCCAGUAGUGGUUUUAGUUCAACAGAUCUUGGCACAGACACAUUCAUGGAUAAACAAGACCACUAUCAGGAAUCAACGGAAAUAAUAGCGAGCUUGGAAAAUUUGAAUUCAGAAAUUCGUGAAAUUUGGGGUGUUCUGAAUAAACGACAAGAUAACAAUGUUCCACCACCGCCAACAUUGAUGUACUCGGAUCUUGGAUGGCUGCCAUAUCAACAUUUAACGUCUCAACCGAGUAAUGUGCAAGCAGCUUUUGGUACACCGAACAUCCAAUCUAAUAUCCUGUCGCAACUGUCAAGUGGACAUCCACCGACGGCAAAUACACAAAAUAUCAUCGCCCAAUAUGGACCGAAUAGUGGAUUCACAACGAGCGUUGGAACAGUGGAACGAGCCACAUCUAAUCUUAUGGAGAGAACAAGGAAUCUUAGAGAUUGGCUACGACAAGCGAGAGUCGAAACCUCUGACCUGGUCAGUCCAGGACAAGCCACACUCUAAACAAAGAGAAACCAAAAAAAAAAUCUUGAAUCACUCCCCCCCUUCUGUGAUUAAUAUCAUUUCUCAAAAA